AAUUGAAUCACGAGUCAGUAUAAACUUCAUAAUGCCUGUCAGCCUUACCAUGCACUAAUAUGAAUCACAUCCGACUUAUCAGCUUUCCAAACCGGUUAUGUGCUCAUUAAAGAUAACCUUGGAUAUACAUAACUAGUUAUCAACGUUUGUCGUGUACAUACCUAAACAGUUAGUCUGCGCCACGCGCUCAUCAAACGCGGUCAUGAAGGUCGCCGUAGUCACCGGAGCUAAUAAAGGCAUAGGGCUUGCUAUAGUCAAAGCCCUUUGCAAAAAUAUGGAAGGAAUAGUCUACCUUACAUCUAGAGACGUCAAUCGAGGUACUGAAGCAGUCGCUGAACUCCGCUCCCUAGGCUGGGCACCGUCAUAUCACCAGUUAGACGUCUCUGACGAAAACAGUAUUAUCAAAUUCAGAGAUUAUUUAAAAGAAAAACAUGGAGGUAUCGACAUACUGAUAAACAACGCUGCUGUAGCAGGAGAUGGAUUUAAAACAACAUAUGAAGAAAGCAAACAAGUUAUUGAUAUUGAUUACAGAAGCUUGCUUACGAUUCAAGAACAUAUAUUUCCACUUAUUAGAGAGAAUGGAAGGAUUUUAAAUAUUGCAAGUGAUUGCGGACACUUAUCUAAUAUAAGGAAUAAAUAUUGGAUAGACAAGUUAUCGAGUAAAGACUUGACAGUCAGUGAUAUUAAUGAGUUCGUAAAUUGGUUUUUGGAUGGCGUUAAAAAUGGUACGUUUAAUAAGAAUGAUCUGGCUGAUGGAGGUUCGGCGGCAGCUUAUAGGAUCGCUAAAGUGGCAGUCUGUGCUUUGACGAGACUUCAACAGAAAGAGCUUGAAUCUAGGAAGAUUAUUAUCAAUGCUAUGCAUCCGGGGCUGGUUCAGACUGAUAUGACAAGAGGAAAAGGUUUCUUCAGUCCUGAUGAAGCGGCCGAAACGCCUGUGUAUUUAGUUCUUGAUGCCCCUGAGAGUAUCAAAGGAGCGUACGUGUGGUUUGAUAGGAAAGUAUUGGAUUGGUUCGACUAUAAAAGUGAUUGUUACUUUAAGAUUGAGUCGGUUUUUAAGUACUAUGGUGCUAUUGGACCGGUGCUGUACUUUGUGGCCAGGCAUGAGUGGUGCCGACAUUUGAUAUUGUUCGUUUUUACAAUUUUGUUGAUCAGUAUUUUGUGUCGUUUAUUAUGAAUUGUCAAUACUUAUUGCAAUUUUGUUUGAAAAUUCGUGCUAAUUAUAAGGUUUUAAUUAUAUGAUGGAAAAUAAAGUAUUUUUUUACCAA